AUGGACGCAAAAAGCUUGCAGUCCAUCUUGGAUGCCCAGGCCAGGAUGCAGCAGGAGAUGCAGAUGCAAAUGUUCACCGAACAGCAGAGAAUGUUCGCUAAACUCGUCAGUCGCAUGAAAGGAAUGGUGUAUGGCUCACAUUUGACCGCUCCAGCGUCUCCAAUCAACGUAGCCGAGUUCGCGAUGAACUCGCUGUCAACGCACUUACCCGAAUUCGUGUACGAUCCCGAUACUAGUUACACCUUCGAAAUCUGGUGCAAUCGCGAUGAAGACGUCAUAUCCAGAGACGGCGCUGUAAUAGAUAAAGCUGCAGAAGCUCGACGCCAUCAUAUACGCUCGCUUCACAAGCCACAUUCUUCCGAAAAGAGCCUGAGGUACCGCUGA